UUGACUCAGGUGAAAAUAUUUGUUGUUUUGGUACUGUGUUUUGACCAAAGAAACAAUUCCGCAAAUAUGCCAUAAAUAUUUUAAUGGAAAAUUGUGUGUGCAUUAAAAACCUAAAAAUUACAAUUUAAAAGGCAAAGCAAUUUUGCAGAAUCGCGUAUAACAGAAAAAGAUAAACUACAAAUACUGCGAAGAAUAACAACAAAAAUCCAGGCAAAAAAAAAAAAAACAACAAAGAAAGUUAUUUUCGUGCAUACAAGUUUUAACAGGUAAGUUUCGAAAGAAAGUGAAAACUUUGGCUGUUUGUUUCUUCAUAAUUACCAUAACACUUUUGGGCAAAAGAAAGAAAAAAUUUUUGAGAAAUUAAAGUAAAAGCGAUAUUAUGACAACAAACACAAGUAGCACAAGUUUGCAAGAAAUGGAUACUAACCCAAUUGCAGAGGAAUUGGAACAGGAUUUCCUAGAAUCCAAAUGGUGGACCAUACCACACCAUAUCUUGCACAGUAUAUUCUAUUCGUUGCCUGUAAAGGAUGUAGUUAGCGCGAGUGGAGUCUGUCGACGUUGGCGUGAAAUUGCAAGCGAUGAGUUAUUGUGGAAAAAGAAAAUGCAUCGUCACUUCAAGAUUGAUCCGACAUUGCCAUUAAAACCAGGAGCUGAAUCGUGGCGUAGUGAAUAUGUGCGACUUGCCUGCGAAAUACCGUUUAUACAAACACAAUCCAUACGUGGACAUGCUCAUCAAGUGCUCCAUGUUAGCUUUUCGCACGAUGGUGAUAUGUUUGCUACGUGCUCCAAAGAUGGUUAUGUUAUAGUUUGGAAUUCGGAUCAUCCAUGUCGUGAAAAGUAUGCACAUAACAUGAAGGAAUUUAAUUGGAAAUAUACACAAUUCUCUCAGUUCAAUCAAAGCGAUACCUUGUUAAUGGUAUCAGGUGUUCACUUUGGUUCACCGCAUAGCACAUCUGGUGAAAUAGCUGUUUUCACUGUUUAUGGUAAAUCGCAUUUGCGUUGUCGUGUUGUUAAUCGACCGUAUGAUAUAUUUGGCACUUGGUUUAGUGAUCAAUAUCUAAUCGCUGGUGAUUUAAUAUGGUUAGCACAUUUGGUUAGCACAUCAAGAUUGCUACUUAAUAAAGCAAAUCAAGAAACUGCUUCGGAACAUGUCCCCAUAACAUGUGAACUAUUCAAAUUUUUAAAUCUCAGUGCAAGUUCCGUUCGUGCGAUUAUGAUUGCAAGAUGUCCAUGGUUAAAUGAUGAAAACGAUCCCUUACCACCAGAAGGUAAACAAUGUAAGGAGUCCGCAACUGAUGAUGAAGUUCCAACAACUAGUAAUGGUGUACAUAACUCUCAAGAACAACCAAAAACAUAUAAAAUAGAGGGCUUACCAGAUGUAGCACAGCAAAGCACAUCAAAUCCUAAUGUAGAUAGUGCAACCAUACGCUAUGCGGAAGCAUAUCUGAAAAAUAUUAAAUUUAAUAAUGACUACGAAUUAACUAGCUCCGAUGACGAUGAUCAAGUAGUAGGAAAUAGUAAUGAUGUGAAUAUUCCCGUGGAAGACAGUGAUAUGGAAAAUGAUAUUGAUUUGCAAGAGCAAACUCAACUAAACCAUGAUGACGAAGAUGACGAUAAUGAGGAUAUGAGCAGUGAUGAAAUGGAAAAUCAUAUACCAAAGUAUCUUAUAUUUUCUAUGGGAUCGAAAACUUACACACCGCAUCAGAUUGGUAUCAAGCGUAUUAGGAAUGUUAAUUUCCCUAAGCGUUUAGAUCCUGGUUUACCCUUAAGGGAACGUUUAGCUGCUAGAAGAGCAGCACAGCGAGAGGUACGCCCUGAGCCUGCUAUAUCUGCUGUACAAAAUUUUAAUACACCCGAUAAAAUUAUUGAUCUCCAUGGACAUAUCGUUGGCAUGGCUUUGAGUCCGGAUCACAGGUUUGUUUACAUAGUUUACAUGUAUUUUUUUAUGUGA